GGACGCGCCGCGCAGUGCAGCGCUCAGCACUGGGAAGUUACGCCGCCGCCGCCGCCGCCGAAGCAGCACCCAGCCCGCAACCCGCCACUGCUGCUCCCGCGAAGCUGUGACAUACCAGAAGAAUCAUCGCAGUGGAUUUGAGUAACAUUCUGACAAACAGUGCGACCAGUUUAGGGAGAUGCGACUUCUCUACAGGUAACGCAUCGGGUUGACGAAGAACGAAGGGAGAAACAGAAGCCCUGAAAUGCGGGCAUCUUCUACGACAGUCCUCUGCGUCAGGUGACACACACACGCACGCACACACAGGCGUGGCCAUUGCGCCCAUGUUGCCCCGUUGCGCAGAGGAUGGCAGGAGUGCGGUCAGAUUCCGCUGCACAGCGGAAGACGAGGAGUGCCUGUCGGGGCGCGGCGCUGGUUCUGCUGAUCUCAGCCGUCUUUCCGGCGGCCACUGUUGCCAACAGCCCUCCCAGGUUCCUCACGGACGGCCAGGCAGAAAUAGUGCUCAGGUUGAAGGAAGGCCCAGAGACACCUGUAGGUAGCCUACUAUACAGACUCCGGGGUGUCGACACAGAUGGAGACUCCCUUACUUUCGGUGUACGUGAACAACUGGACAGCGACAUUCUCAGGAUAGAGAAUUUUGCUGGCAACCAGGCCAGUAUCUACCUCAGGAAGCCCCUUGACAGGGAGGAGAAGGAGGAGUACACUCUUGUCCUUACUUUGACUGAUGGCCACUUGGGUGAUGGGAACUAUGUCACUCAAAGUUUAUUCAUUUUGGUUGAAGAUAUCAAUGACAACGAACCAGUUUUUAAACCAUAUCAGCCAACCAUCAGUAUUGAAGAAAACAGUCCACCUGGAAUUAUUACAACUGUUGAAGCUACAGAUCAGGAUGAAGGAUCUUACGGGCAGGUUGUCUACCACUUGCAAGAAACUGAUGGUGAUAAUGAUGUAUUUUCUAUCUCUACUGUCAAUGGGAAAGGUGUCAUCAGACUUUCAGGACAUUUAGAUUAUGAAAGGAAAUUUUUGUAUCAGCUUAGAGUGUUAGCAACAGACCGAGCAAAUAAUGAGAAGGUAAACACAGGGACUGCUGCCAUUUUAGUCAAAGUCAUCGAUAUGGAAGAUCAGCCACCAGAAUUUGUGUAUGUGCCACCUGUUACAAGAGUGAGUGAGGAUGCUGUAAUUGGAACAUCUGUCCUUCAAGUUAAAGCUGUUGAUGGUGAUCGAGGAAUAAAUAACAAAAUAAGUUACUCCUUAGAAAAAGGAACUCUUGAUGCAUUUGCAAUUGAUUCUGCAACAGGUGUUGUCUAUACAAAAGAGAAGCUUGAUAGAGAAAGUCCAUUAAACAGUAAUGGUGCAUACAUCCUGGAAGUCACUGCAGAAGAAGAAUCCUCGUCAAUAUCUCCAGCACCUUCAGCUACGACAGAAGUUACAGUGAUUGUAACAGAUGUUAAUGAUGAAAUACCAACUUUCAGGAGUGAGAAAUACAUAUGUGAAGUAGUUGAAAAUGCUCAAUCAAACACUCCCGUCACAUUCCUUGAAGACAGUGUUCCAGAAGUAUAUGACCACGAUCAGGGAAAUAAUGGAACAUUUGAAAUGUUUUUGGAAGGUGAUGAAGGAAUUUUCGAAGUUACACCAUCAAGGGGUAUAAAUGAAGCUUCAUUCCUGAUCAGAGUUAAAGAUCCAAAACAGCUUGACUAUGAAAAAAAUAUUGUUAUGCACUUCACGUUAAUAGCAAAAGAAAUAGUGCCGUACAGUCCAAAGCAUCGUCUUGUUCCUGUGACUGUUCAUAUCAAAGAUGUGAAUGACAAUUUUCCAGAAUUCACAAAAGCAGUGUACAAUGUAUCUAUCAAGGAAAAUGCUGCUAUAGGAACAACAGUUGCAUGGGUCCAGGCACUGGAUGAUGAUUCUGGUAAUUUGGGAACACAAGGUAUUCGAUACACCAGUUUAGGAGGAAGUGUUUCUGAAAUUUUAUCCUUGGAUCCAGUUACUGGAAUAAUUACCAUCAAAUCUGACACUCCUGGAUUUGACAGAGAACUGAUUUCAAAACAUUAUUUAACAGUUGAAGCACGAGAUGAUUUAGGCAAUGGAAACAGGAACACUGUGCAGCUGAUCAUUAACGUGGAAGACGAAAAUGACAAUGCUCCAGUUUUUUCUCGGAGCAAAUAUGAAGCCAGAUUGCUUGAGAACCAUCCAGUUUUUGAAACACCACUAGUGCUUGAGGCUCACGAUAUGGACUUGAAUGGAACAAACAACAGUGACAUAAAUUACAGCAUUAUCAGUGGAUAUGAAAAUUUUACUAUACACCCAAAACAUGGUCUUCUGCAACCACGUUUUCCUGUUGACUUUGAACAUCUCUCCACUGAUGGCCUUACAGGAAUUAAUGUCAGAACAAUGAAUGUGAUCGUGAAAGCAGAAGAUCGAGGGCACCCAAGUCUUUCGAGUGAAGUGGGUGUCAUAAUUUAUGUGCAAGAUGUCAAUGAUUUUGCUCCUCAAUUUGAACAUCCACAUUACAAGAGAUCUAUCCCUGAAGAUACACUAGGAGGAACCUCUAUUUUAAAGGUAAAGGCUGUUGAUGGAGAUGGAUCUUCACCAAACAAUGCUGUGGUCUACAGAAUUCAAAGUGGAGCUGAAGACAAAUUUAUAAUAGAUGCUGAUACUGGCGUGAUCAGUGUGGCUCAUGGUGCAAGUUUAGAUCCUGACCGUACGGACCCCAAAACUUCUGUUUAUAAUCUAGAGGUUUUGGCACUAGAUGGCGGUAUUGGAAAUGAUCAGCUUUUUACAAAGGUUGUUGUAAAUAUCACUGUUCUAGAUGUUAAUAACAAACCACCUGUGUUCACUGAGCCAGGUGUCAUCAGAGUCAGGGAAAAUACUCAGGUUGGUAAAUAUGUUCAUCAAGUGACAGCAAUAGAUUUGGAUGACAAUCCUAUCUUGCGCUAUAGAAUUGAUCCAAAUAAUUCAGAAGGUCGCAGUGAAGAAGGGACAGUUGUCAAGAUUACAGAUUAUAACUACAUUAGCAUUUUCAAGCUUGAUCCCUUGAAUGGCCUCCUUGAAAUAGCAAAAUUACUUGACAGAGAACGUGUUGAAACUAUACGCUUAGGUUUGAUUGUUGAAGACAUUGCAGCCGUAAAAGGAGAACAAAAUGCUACAGCUGUACUGACAGUGCUGGUUGAGGAUGAAAAUGAUAACAAUCCAAAAUUCAGAAGGCCUUAUUACAGAAGGUCCAUUACUGAAAACAGCAAAAAUGGGAUGACCAUCAUUAAUGUUGUGGCUGAUGACCCUGACAAGAAUCGUACAAUAACUUACUCACUAGAAGGACCACACAAAAGCACAAGUCUAGUCUACCUUGACCCAGAGACUGGAGAGAUAGUUGUGGCAAACAAGAUUGAUCGUGAACAGACUCCUUGGCUCAACUUUACAGUGAAAGCAACUGAUUCUGGUGUGCCACCGCGAUCAAGUCUUGCUGAUGUAUUCAUUCAGAUACUAGAUGAAAAUGACAACAAUCCAUAUUUUGUUGGAGAUGUAACAAGCAUUUCAGUCAGAGAAGAUGCUCCAAUAGGAACAGAAAUAGCUAUCAUUCAGGCAAAGGAUGCUGAUGCAGGCGAUUUUGGAAAAGUAACUUACUUGUUGGAUCGGAUGUCUUCUAAGGGAAAGUUCCAGAUUCACCCUGACAAUGGUAUUUUGAAUGUAUCAGACAAACUGGACCGUGAACAGCAGAGUAGCUACAUGUUAAUUAUUGAAGCUUGGGAUAAUUAUCAGUUUGGAUACUCUAGUGGAGAAAGUAGAAAUGCAUUCAAACAAAUUGGGGUUACAGUCAUUGAUGUAAAUGAUGAAUCACCAAUAUUUGAGCCAGUUUAUGGCUGCAUAAUAAUUACAGAAUUUCAUGAAGUCCAUGAAGUGGUAACAUUAAUAAAGGCGUCUGAUGCAGAUGACCCAGACACUCCAAAUGGAAAAAUUCAUUUCUCUAUUACAUCAGGAAAUGCAAAAGGCUUAUUUGCCAUAGAGAAUCUGGAUUUUUUAACAGGGAGAAUAAUAACAUUAAAACCUCUGAAAGGAUUGUAUGGAAAUUAUAGCUUAAGGAUACAAGCAAAAGAUCUUGGUACACCUCCAAAUAUUGCUGUAAUGAAUAUUAGUAUUUGUGUAACUGAUUUCAAUGACAAUGCUCCAGUGUUUGUGAAUCCAUCCCAGAAUGUAACAGUUAGAGUACCUGAGAACACAACUGUUGGUAGUAGUAUUGUUCAAGUAGAAGCUGUUGACUAUGAUGUCGGAUUGAAUGCAGCUGUUCGUUAUCGGUUAAAACCAGACCCAACAGGAAGUUGGAAAACAUUUCACAUUAAUGACAAAACAGGAGUUAUUGAGCUGAAAGAACCACUAGAUCGAGAGAAACAGAAGAUUUAUGAGCUAAGGGUUGAAGCAUAUGACUUAGGUAUACCAACGCCACUCUCAUCAGAUCUUGAUCUUAUUGUUUAUGUGAGGAAUGUCAAUGACUUUGAACCACAGUUCCUCAUAGAUGAGUACUUGGUUAAUUUUACUGAGCAUGUAAAACCUGGUAAAGAGAGACAAAAGAUAGUGGAAACAAUUGAUAGAGAUGAUGUGGAUGAUUUUGAUGAACCUAGUACACAAGCAUGUUACUUCAUUGUAGGUGGAAAUGAAAAGGAAAUAUUUGCCAUUGAACAAUAUGAGCAUGAGCUUUAUGUUCAGAAAGAGCUUGACAGAGAGGAGUAUGAGAGUCAUAUUCUAAUAAUAAAAGCAUCCGAAGACUGUCUACAUCAUCCAGGGAACAUUUCAGUCUUUGAUCCUACUGAUGACACAGUGCUCAGAGUAACUGUCAAUGUAAUAGAUGUGAAUGAUAAUCGGCCAUUGUUUGUGAAAAGGGUGUUCACAGGUGGCAUUACAACAGAUGCUGAUUUUGGUACUGAGUUCAUGCAAGUCAAGGCUGUAGAUAAAGAUAUUGGUAUAAAUGCUGAGAUUCGUUACUACCAAAUUGACGAAAUACACAAGACUUUGACAGAAGGUUUAGAGAACAUACAGAAACCACCCUUCAUUGUGAAUGAAGAGACUGGUGGGAUCAUUCUGAAUUUUGAUCCUCAAAAAGGAAUGAAAGGGUAUUUUGACUUUAUGGUGCUGGUGAAUGAUACAGAUGGACUUCUAGAUACAGCAAAAGUUUUCAUUUAUCUGUUACGUGAAGAUCAAAGAGUGCGAUUUGUUCUGCGUCAGCAUCCAUCUGAAGUACGAGAGAGAAUAGAAAUUUUCAGGGAAGUUCUAGGAAACGUCACUGGUGCCAUUGUCAAUAUUGAUGAAUACAAAAUACAUGAAAAUCAUGAUGGUUCUGUUGACAAAACAAAGACUGACUUAUAUUUGCAUUUGGUAAAUAAGAGAGACAAUUCUAUCAUGGAAGUUAAUGAUGUGCUUCGGCUCGUGGAUCAAAAUAUCGAGAACUUGGAUGGACUUUUCAAGGAUUUCAAUGUGUUAGACACUCAACCAGCAGAGACACAGCUACUAAAAAGUGAUUCAGAGGAUCUCCUCUUAAUGUGGCUAAUGGUAACCACAAUCUUCUUGGGAAUUUUACUCAUUUUGGUUAUUUCCAUAUGUUUGUCACAAAGAGCACGCUACCAAAGACAAAUAAAAGCUGCCACUGUAUCAGCAUUUGGCUCUAACACAUCAGAUUUAAAUCAGAUUGGUGGAAGAGUGCCCAACACCAACAAGCACAGUGUUGAAGGUUCAAAUCCAAUCUGGAUGCAAGCCUAUGAAAAUGAAUGGUACAAAGAGGAAGACUCACUGAGCCAUACAUCAGAAAGAGACUCUCUUGAUGAGAAUGCAGUUGUCAGUGAUGGAUUAGAACAAAAUGAAGAGGACAGCAAAACUUUUGUUGAUGACCAAAAUCAUUAUGUCAAUCUUAAGGCUGGGAAUCCAAACAUUGUGAGUGAAACAGCUAUUGAUAAAGAGCAGAAUAAUCUGAACACCAACAGUACUUACCAUCAGAAUAUAUAUCACCAUAUGAGUAAACUUGGUAAUCCCCUCAUAAUGAAGAAGCUGGAAACCACUGAACUUUGAAAAAGUACAAAUGUGGCCAAACAUACCAAAAUAUUUUUACCUGUGUAGAGAAAACAGUAUUCUUAAUGUGACUGUGUCAUAUAUUAAUUUAUAUUUAUGAGUGCAUGACAAGUAUGGUUGCUGUUUGUGUGUGUGUGUGUGUGUGUGUUACAAAUGAAAGUGUAAUGCUCAUUUUGAAUUUGUUGUAAAUAUGUAAUGUAUUCAUUCGCAUACAUCGAAUAUUGUUUAUAAA